UCUCUCUGCACCACUUCGCAAGCAAUUUUAAUAUUUUAUUGCAAGUUAUUAGCUUGCACGUUUUUAGGAGCAUAGCAUUCUGGUUGCUUGAGGGUCGCCUUGUCCAUGACUGUAAACCUAGUCAAAGGAACAUGGCUGAAUUUAGAAUUCAAAACUGUAUUCCGACUACUACUCAAUAUCUUUCCUUUUUCUGUUUAGAGUCUCCGACAUAGUUAUCGUACUUUCAACAAGCUUUUUCCAAGGUAUUUUAGUUGUUGAACUUGGCAUAUUUUGUGUUUUUCCCCCAUUUUGGAAUGAGAUAACCAAAAGCUUGAGGGAGGAAGAUUAUAUCAGGAACAAUUUACUUUAGAUUGCAAACCUGUUCUUUGUUGUUUGUUGCAUUGUGUAUCUAUGUUUUAUAGGAUAUUAAAGAUGAGAAAGGUCUUCGCUACAUUGAGAGCCUGCGUUGAGGUCUUGGAAGUUCUUAGCAGAGCUGCAGAUCCAGAUGAUGUGGUAAGGUCUAUUAGGGAGGAGGAAGCUGCUCGAAACAAUUGUGGAAAGCUGCACAUUCUCAAUGGCGGAAUUAUGAUGACUUCUGGAUUUAACUCCACUCUCAGGCAGGGAAAUGUCACCCACCACGGGUGUAUCCAGAUAGAGGACAAGGACGAAAUCAGAUUGCCCUAUUUGAAGGAAAAUAGCAGAUGGAAAUGGGGAACAAGUUCAUAGCUGGAAUGCUUUCAGGCUUAGGCAGUUGUUUGUUGGUAUCUGCUCUCUUCACCACUUAGCCGACAAUUUUAAUAUUUUAUUGCAAGUUAUUAGCUGCACGUUUUUAGCAGCAUAGCUGUCUGGUUGCUUAAGGGUCGCCUUGUCCAUGACUGUAAACCUAGUCAUAGGAACAUGGCUGAAUUUAGAAUUCAAAACUGUAUUCCGGCUAAUAGCUUAAACUACUAUUCAAUAACUUUCCUUGUUGUGCUA